UGACUACAAACAUACAACAACCAACUCCUGAAAAUACUCAGCUUUCACUUAUUUCAAAUACCUCUUCGUUUUUACUUGAACAAAUUAAAGCAAGAUUCACAUCACAAGAAGAUGGCAAUCCGCCAAAUUUUGAGACGAUCGUUAUCCAACGAAAGAAGAACAGCUGAAGUUCCAAAAGGGCAUUUAACUGUUUAUGUUGGGGAGAGUCAAAAGAAGCGAUUUGUUAUUCCAUUAUCAUAUUUGAACAAUCCUUUGUUUCAAGAUUUGCUAUCUAAAGCCGAAGAAGAAUUUGGAUUCCAUCAUCCGAUGGGUGGAAUCACUAUUCCUUGCAGUGAAGAUCUAUUUAUUGAUUUAACCUCUCGUUUGAGCAGAACAUGAUAUACAUACAUGUUUAGGAGGACCACAAUUUUGUAAAAUUAGUUCUUGUUAGUUCUUUUCUAGACGAAUGGAAAAAAAAAAAAAAGAUGUAUAGAAGCACAAAAUUAGAGUAGAUAUAUAGCAAAAUCUUUGAACCAUUUUAAGAUGCCAAAGUAUUGUGUGAUUUGAUUUGGAAAUACUAAUUCUAUAUAUAUGAGCUCAACAGUUCAAAUCAAUCUUUUGUUCUUUGUUUAACAUACCUUACUUGCGCUAUUUUAUCUUGUCAAAUAUACCACAAAUUGAAAUUUCCAUAUAAUUUCUCAAGUUUAACCAAGUCCCAUAUAU